AUGGCAUUUUUUCGAUAUUCAUUAAAACUUUGUUCUCAAUGUCGUUUAUUAUCUCAACAAGUUCGAUUUCUACAUCGAUCAACAUAUCUUUUGGCACGUGGUAUUCGUCGUUCUGUUGAACGUCCACAAAUAUCACCAUCAUCAUUUACAAAUUUAGAUCAAAAUAUAUCAGUAGAUGAUGAUAAUAAUCAAAUAUCUAUACAAGAGCAAUUUGCUCGUCUAGAAUUACAACGACUUGAACAAGAAUCCAAACCAAUUGAAGAUGAACGUAGUUCAUUUGUAGAUGAAGAUAAUCUAAAUCAUGAAGAAUAUGAAAAUGAAAGUAAUGAACAAAAAUUAUCACAACCAUUCAUUGAUCCAAGUACAACAAGUAUUAUUCUUUUUCCUGGUCAAGGUACACAAUUUGUUGGUAUGGGACAACAAGUAAUUAAUUAUCCAAAUGUUAAAGAAAUGUUUAAUAUUGCUCAUCGAAUACUUGGUUAUGAUCUUUAUUCUAAAUGUAUUAAUGGACCUAUUGAAGAACUCAAUCAAACUCUUUAUGCUCAACCUGCUAUUUAUGUCACAUCAUUAGCUGCUGUACAAAAAUUAAAAAGUGAAAAUCAAAAAGCAGUAGAAAAUUGUGUAGUAACAGCUGGUUUUAGUAUUGGUGAAAUAACAGCACUUGUCUUUGCUGGUUGUAUGACUUUUGAAGAUGGCCUUCGUUUAAUUAAGACUCGUGCCGAAGCAAUGCAAUCAGCAUCAAAUGAAGUAAAUAGUGGAAUGAUGUCUGUCUUUGUUGGUCGUGAAACAAAAUUAACAUUAGCUAUAGAAGCGGCACGAGAAUGGUGCAAUAAAUAUAUGAAAAUUGAUGUACCUUGUAUACAAAUAGCUAAUCAUAUGUAUGCUGAAUGUAAAGUACUUGCUGGACAUAAAGAGGCAUUACAAUUCAUUGCACAUAAUUAUAAAGUAUUUGGAAUUCGUCGAAUAAAAUAUUUACCUGUAAGUGGUGCUUUUCAUACACCAUUGAUGGCAUCAGCAAAAUUAAAAUUGAUUAAAGCAUUAGACAAAAUUGAUAUGCAACCACCACUUAUUCAAGUCAUGUCAAAUGUAACUGGUAAACGUCAUUCAAAUGAUAUUACAGCUAUUAAACGAUCACUUAGUCAACAAUUGACAAAAAGUGUAUUGUGGGAACAAUCUAUUCAUAAAAUGUAUCAACGAUCAAAACAUGAAUCUUAUCCAAAUACAUUUGAAUGUGGUCCUGGACGACAACUUGGUUAUCUUCUUCGACUGAAUAAUAAUAAAGCUUAUCAACAGUAUCAUCAUGUGGAUGUUUGA